UCAACACCUAUAUAAACUCCUUACUCGCCCCGCUCUUCUUCUCCAUCGCCAGAUUCAGCGAUUCACUCAUCCCCAGCUCCGUUUUCUUCGAUUACCGUCGACGACAAGCUUCCACAAAGUUUUAAAAAAGCAAAAAAAAAAAAGAAAUGGUGAAGAUAUGCUGCAUUGGAGCUGGAUACGUGGGUGGUCCAACCAUGGCAGUCAUUGCUCUAAAAUGCCCAUCCGUUGAAGUAGCAGUCGUUGACAUCUCCGUCCCAAGGAUCACCGCCUGGAACAGCGACCAGCUCCCCAUCUACGAGCCUGGUCUCGACGACGUCGUCAAGCAGUGCCGUGGGAAGAAUCUUUUCUUCAGCACCGACGUUGAGAAACACGUCAGAGAGGCUGACAUUGUCUUUGUCUCUGUCAACACACCCACCAAGACCCGCGGUCUAGGAGCUGGCAAAGCUGCUGACUUGACUUACUGGGAGAGCGCUGCUCGUAUGAUCGCUGACGUGUCCGUUUCCGACAAGAUUGUCGUUGAGAAAUCAACUGUUCCGGUGAAAACCGCAGAGGCCAUUGAGAAGAUUCUUACGCAUAACAGCAAAGGGAUCAAGUUUCAGAUCCUCUCCAACCCUGAGUUUCUCGCUGAAGGAACCGCUAUUGAGGAUCUCUUCAAGCCUGACCGUGUCCUCAUCGGUGGUCGCGAGACGCCUGAAGGGUUUGCAGCUGUUAAAGCCUUGAAAGACGUUUACUCCCAGUGGGUCCCUGAAGAGAGGAUCCUCACGACAAAUCUCUGGUCUGCGGAGCUCUCCAAGCUCGCUGCUAACGCCUUCUUAGCUCAGAGGAUCUCGUCGGUUAACGCGAUGUCUGCUCUCUGUGAAGCAACGGGCGCCAAUGUCUCUGAAGUCUCUUACGCUGUGGGUAAAGACUCUCGGAUCGGUCCUAAGUUCUUGAACUCGAGUGUUGGCUUUGGAGGGUCCUGUUUCCAGAAAGACAUCCUCAACUUAGUCUACAUCUGUGAAUGCAACGGCUUACCUGAAGUCGCUGAGUACUGGAAGCAAGUCAUCAAGAUCAACGACUACCAGAAAACAAGAUUCGUUAACCGCAUCGUCUCCUCGAUGUUCAACACCGUCUCCAACAAAAAGAUUGCAGUUCUCGGUUUCGCCUUCAAGAAAGACACGGGAGACACGAGAGAGACUCCAGCCAUCGAUGUCUGCAAAGGCUUGUUAGGUGACAAAGCUCGUAUCAGCAUCUACGACCCGCAGGUCACGGAAGAGCAGAUCCAGAGAGACUUGACCAUGAACAAGUUCGACUGGGACCACCCGCUUCAUCUCCAGCCUAUGAGCCCCACAACUGUGAAGCAAGUCUCGGUCGCUUGGGACGCGUACGCUGCCACCAAGGACGCUCACGGUAUCUGCAUUUUGACCGAGUGGGAUGAGUUCAAGAAGCUCGAUUACGAGAAGAUCUUUGAGAAUAUGCAGAAACCUGCGUUUGUUUUUGAUGGGAGGAACGUGGUGGAUGCUGAGAAGCUGAGGAAGAUUGGGUUUAUUGUUUACUCUAUUGGUAAGCCGUUGGACCAGUGGCUCAAGGACAUGCCUGCUCUUGCCUAAACCAAAUCCAAACAAACAAACCUCUUCCUUAGCUUUUUUUUUCAUUUUUUCCCCCGAAUUAUUCUGAAUUUUUCAUAUAAUUUUUUUUUUCCAUUUUAAUAUGUUUUGAACAAUAAUUGUCGGUUCUGUUAUUCUUAUGAAAAUCCAACAGAGAUUUUUAGGUUUGGUUUCUGUUGGUAAUUAUGUACCUUGGGUUAAUCAUAUAUUGUAAGUUUUUUCAAGUAUUAUUACAUGAUAUAAAAAGUUUUCUCGGUUGGAAAUUA